CCGGACGUCGAUAGGUGUAAAGCGUCGGGGCAACGAAAAGCAUAGCUUUGACGCAAUCCACGAUCAAACCACAAGCCACCUCCACAUCGCGUACGAGCCCAUGUCCGAAAGUCAUCAUCGGGUUGUAACAACGUCAUAGUUCGCAGAGGCUGGAGCAUACUUUCUCUGUGCGAAGGGGGUUUUCUUCUGUUAUAAACCAUGGGGAGAGCCCGGUCUAUUGCCUGUGCCAUGCUCGUUCUCUUCUUCCUCUACCCCCUCUGCGUGGUCGGAAAUGUGCCGUCGUCCGCUGUGAGUGGCCGUCAGACGCGUUUAGUCAUCCCUGCAGUACUUGCCCUACAUUAAUUCUUAGAAAGAACUCCUUUUCAGAUUUUUUUUUCUUUUCAGUUCGAGACGCUACUGGGACGGAAAGGAUGGCGGAAGAACGCAGUCCGUCGUCGAACCACGAUCGUGUCCGGGAUACCCUUCCAGAGAACGUGGGAGAGUGGCCCAACAUGGGCACAACGGAAGUGUUCAGCAAGGACAGCCCGAGUCAAUGGACCAGAUCAGACCCGGACAACCUCGCGGCGCUGCCAACGGCCCAUAGCAGUGGAUCGGCGGCCGCCCGCCGCCUUGAGACCGCGAAAACCUCGCAUCGCAUGACGGGCUUGCGAAGUGCUUUGGGCCUCCAUCCGUUGGCACCGAUUGACGAGACGCACGACACCGCGCCGCACCAGGAUUAUCUAUGGAGCAGAAUCCGCCUCGCCCUCCGAGAGCCCUUUGCGGAGUUCCUCGGCGUCAUGAUCCUCGUCCUCUUCGGCAACGGAAGCGUGGCGCAGGUCCUUCUCAGCACCGGCUCGACGAGCGCACCAGGCGGCGACGGGUUCGGCAGCUACCAAUCCAUCUCGUGGGGCUGGGGCCUCGGUGUCAUGCUCGGCAUCUACGUCGCUGGCGACUCAGGUGCCUACCUCAACCCCGCCGUCACCUUCGCCAACUGCUACUUCAGAGGCCUGCCCUGGCGGAGGUUUCCCGUGUACUUCGUCGCGCAGUUCCUCGGCGGCUUCGUCGCCGCUGGCAUCGUGUAUGCAAAUUACAUCAACGCCAUCAACGCCUUCGAAGGCCACGGCGUCAGAACGGUGCCGCCCAGCCCGAACGCAACGGCGGGCAUAUUCUGCACCUACCCUGCCUCGUUCAUGACCAAAACGAGCAUGUUCUUCUCCGAGUUCAUCGCGAGCAGCAUCCUCAUGCUCGUCAUUCUCGCCCUCAAGGACGACACCAACAACGGCGUGUCCAAGGGCGGAGGGAACUGGUUUCCGCUCGCGCUCUUUUUCCUCAUCUUUGGACUAGGCGCUUGCUUCGGCUGGGAAACCGGCUAUGCCAUAAACCUGGCGCGAGACUUUGGCCCUCGUCUCUUCAGCUACAUUGUGGGAUACGGUCACGAGGUGUGGAGCGCCGGUGGCUACUAUUUCUGGAUCCCCAUGGUAGCGCCGUUUUGCGGAUGUUUUUUUGGAGCGUUCCUGUAUGACUUAUUGGUUUACACCGGCCCUUCUCCAGUCAACACCCCCUGGUUUGGACUGAAGCGGCUGCUAUGGCCUAAAGAGAUGGUAAAUGCGUAUAAUGCUCACCGGGAGAGGAACAAACAGGAAGGUGUCGUGUAAUGUGAAAUAUUGAAUCUUUAAAAAAAGUGCUUAACCGCGUCGCUUAAAAGCGUUGUCGUAAAAUAGUAUGUCUUGGAUUUGGGUCUCUAAAACGCCAUAGCUAUGCCGAUGUUAAUGCGAGCGAGCUGUUUGUGCAUAUCGUGAAGUGGUUCCCCG